CAGAGAGCUCCAGCUAUGGCCACUGCCUCCUCGUCUUCCUGCCCGUGCCCGGGGCCUCCUCCGGCGGCUCCUGCCUCCGGGGCAUCCCCGGCCUCUUCGGGCCUGGGCCGCUGCCGGGUGGCCCUUCUGCUGGCCGUGGUCCUGGAUGUGGCCGGGAUGGUGGCCUUGCUGACCGGGGUCUUCGCCCACCUGCAGGUCCAGGGCCGGGACUUUGGAGACCUCCUCAUCUACUCGGGGGCCCUCAUGGUCUUCCUCAGCCUGCUCGGCUGGAUCUUCUGGUACACGGGCAACAUCGAGAUCUCCCGCCAGGAGCUGGAGCGGGACUAUGGCCGCAGGCCGGGCACCCUGGCCCGGCUGGCCCACAAGCUGUCCAGGCGCUGGUCUGCCCAGCCUGGCCCCGGCGGAGGAGGGGCCCGCAGGGGGGCCCGGGGCCCCCCCAAGCGCCAGGCCCAGACGUCCCGCCGCGUCCGCCUGCAGCUGAGUCCUCUGGAGGCCUCGGCGGCAGGAGCAGGGAAGGAGUGAGAGAGAGGCCCAGGUGCCCCACCCAAAUCUGGAUGCAAUGGCAGAGACUGAAACGGCCCCAGGGCCAGAGAAGAGCCCCCUUUCCCUCAGAGACAUGGUUCCCUACUCCCACCUCCUCCCCACUGUCUCCUCCCUUCUUCCCCAUCAGCUGGCCUCUGGAUAAACACUCCUGUCUCCAA